CAGUAAAUCAAUUAGAGUAUAAAACAAUAUUUGAAGCUUUGAACAUCUUCCAAAACAUCCAUAAAACGGGAAAGGUAUGGCAAAACUGCAACCUUACCAAGACAAAGUCAUCCACCUGAACUAAAAAGCUGGGCUUGGAGAACUUGAAUGAGACAAGCUGCAAGACUCCCUUGGUAACUCUGGAGGAGCUGUGGAGAAGUACUGCUCAAUAGCUGGGAGAAUCUAUUGGUCUUGCACUCUACAAAUCUGUCUUACAGUAGAUGAAUAGGAAGGGAGAAAGGUGGAGGGAAUUAUUUCAAGGGAAAAAAGGAAAUAAGAGUAGAAAAUAGUGAAAGUGCAGUUUUCUUUAUGGGAUGUUACAAAGGAGUGUAUAAAGCAAAGAUAUACAGUUAUAUCCUCAAGACAUAAAUGAUCCAACAGCAAAGAGUCUUUUGUAAUUUCCUGCUAGCUACAAUAACAUAAAAGUAGAAAAGAAAUGGUUAGUCGUUGUGUGCAGGCUGGAAUGCGGAGCUUGUUGGGAGAAAAUGAAGUAGCAAGAUUUCUGUGGUGGAAAUCAAUCCUGGGCUUCCUACUCCUCCCUCCUUCCUUAUUCCUCAUCAAAUAGGAAGGCAGGAAGCAGGGGAGCAGGUGCAGCUCCGUCUGUAAAUGGUCUGAGCCUACGUCAUGUGAUGCAUCAGCAGUGAAUGAUCAACAACACCACCCUAGGAAAAUGGUUGCAGCUUUUGGCCAGAGAUACAGGCAUUGACAGCAGUUAGAUAGCACAGAUAGAUGCUCUGCUUUAAUAUUUUUUUUCCCCACAAGCUGGUCGGAAGGGGAAUGAGCAAGCGAACCUAAUAUAGAUGUUUGUGAGGUCAAAAAGCUUAACUGAAUCAGCUCUGACAAAAGCUGCAUCGUUCUCUCUCCUGCAGGCCUCUUCCAGAGUACGAAGAUAUGGACCCCUCCUGUGGACUCACAGACAACAGAGUCUCUCCUCCUAAUUCCUUACACAUGAGCCCACCUGGAGGAGGAGGUGGCGUGGGUUCGUCUCACCGAAAACGCCGCACCCUGGUGGCCCCUGAGAUGAAUCUGUCUUUGGAUCAAAGUGAAGGUUCUCUGCUAUCAGAUGAUUUCCUGGACACCCCAGAUGACCUGGACAUCAAUGUCGAUGACAUUGAUACGCCAGAUGAAACAGAUUCACUGGAGUUCAUUACCAACGGCAAUGACCUUGAGUGGGAAGAUGACACGCCGGUGGCUUCAGCCAAGGCGGGUCCGGGUGGAGGCUCCGGAGCGCCGGCUGAGGAUGGGAAUGCAAACAAUGGGCGACUGUGGAGAACUGUGAUUAUCGGAGAACAGGAGCACCGUAUCGAUAUGCAGAUCAUCAAACCGUACCUCCGGGUCAUCACACACGGAGGUUAUUAUGGAGAAGGCCUCAAUGCCAUCAUUGUGUUCUCUGCUUGUUACCUGCCUGACAGCAGCUGUCCAGACUACCACUAUAUCAUGGAAAACCUCUUUCUAUAUGUGGUCAGCAGUCUUGAGAUGCUGGUGGCCGAAGACUACUUGAUCAUUUACAUGAAUGGAGCCACCCCUCGGAGUAAGAUGCCUGGAAUCAGCUGGCUGAAAAAAUGCUACCAAAUGAUUGACAGAAGGUUGAGGAAGAACCUCAAGUCUCUGGUCAUCGCUCAUCCUACAUGGUUUAUACGCACAGUUUUGGCGAUAUCCAGGCCUUUCAUCAGUGUGAAGUUUAUGAAUAAGAUCCAGUACGUCCACAAUUUGGAUGAACUUGCAGAGAUUGUUCCCAUGGAGCACGUCCAUGUUCCCGAGUGUGUGAUGCAAUAUGAUGAAGAAAGGAUUAAAGCCCGAAGGGAAAGGAUGGAGCAGGAGCGGCGACAGCAAGAGCAGCAGUCAGUCCCACAGGGGCCAAUUAAAAACUCUGUGAGGCCAAAAUCAAUGAUUGUGGAGCAAUGAUUAUGAGAAGGACAAGACCUUGAAUGUGCAGGUAAAGUGAGGCCCAUGUUGUUUUUUCUAUUUUAGUCACAAGAUGACCCUGUUCUGUAAUGAGUUUAUCACAUACAUUUCCACUCAAAUAUUAAACUCCAGCCUGCGGAUUGCACUUUACAGCUACGCACUACAGCAACCUGUAUGUAUGUAUGUAUACCUUCAAGGUAUGCAUACCUUGAAGGUAUACAUAGUGGUAGCAAUGUUAUGCUGUGGGGAUAAUUUUCCUUAGCAGGGAUGGUGUUCAUGGAUCAAUGCUAAUAUAACACACCACAGGAGCAUUUCACUGGCUCAGACUGGCUUCAGACAGUUUGAACUGGUUUUAACCAGCAGCCUGAGAGAUAGACUGUAAACAAAACAGCAAGAUGCAACUUUCAAAAUGUCAUACAAAGACGAAUGAGUAGUGUCAAAAUGUUGCCAAAGAAAAUGAUUCAUUUUCAAACAAAAUCUACUAUUCUAUGCAGAGACUGGUGAACAGUAAGCUGUAACAGAAUGAAACAAAUCAUGCACAAUUCUUCAGCCCUGUCUCCACCAAUAAAAAAAUUAUUGGGAUAGUUUUAAAGCUUCAACUAGCUGUUAUUUUACCUCAAACAAUAAGUGAUCUUUGAUCCCGAGAACUGUGACAGCCAGUAAUGCAACCAACAAAGAGCCACUGCUGUCCUAAACACAGUAAUAGCCUGAGCCAUUAUGUUUUAUUGUUCCCUGUUUCUUUAAAUGUUGCAAAGCUUUGAAAAUGAAAAGCCUUCCCCACCCAACAAAUCCACAGACCUCAGCACUGCAUAAAAACACACAAAAGCCCAAGCAUUACCAUUGUUACCACCAUGACAGCAUAUUUUUGCUGUUGGAGAGUCCUGCACAGGCUUCAGCAAAAAUGUCCUGUUUAUUAUGGAGAACCAAUAUUGACAUAAAAAUCCACUUUAACUUCAUACCAGGAUAUGUAAGGCUUGCAAUUACUCCCUCAUCUGUAUUUUGUCAUUUGUACAGUCAGACUUGUUUUGUUAUUUUUUUUAUAAAGAUGAAAUAAAUAGAUUAAUGGAGUCAAUUAUUGCUUAUUUCUUGCAUGGAAAGGAUCACGCAGAUUUUGCAUACAUCUUUAAAAUCUGUGUUUUACUUUCCAACAUUUGUUUGUGUGCAUACAGGGGGUGACAGAGAGAGAUGUCUAGCAAGUUGACACUUCCUCCCUUAUUUUAUGCAUAACCAGCUGAUUUCUCAUGUUGUUCCCCAGUCAAAAGGAGAACAACUCUGUCAUAUGAUUUUCAAAGUGGGAUACUUUCCGGGUUGAAAAUGUAAAACAACAAGUGGCUGUUCUGUUACAGAAGCUGUUUUCAUUGGAAGUUGUCGCUGCCUGUUGCAGGACCUGAUUUGGGAUUCAUAUUGAAUUAUUGGACCAUGAUGAAGCAUUUAAUUGACUUUGUUAUUUUUUCAGUGAUGUAAUUUAUGUUAAGAAAGAUGAUCACUCUCUCUGACUUAAUAAUAAAGCAUAAAUCAGAGUAACUGAAAAAAUGCACUUUUUAAAGCUCAAAAUGUAGAGUGCUUCUACAACUUCAGUGGCAAAAUUUGAACAUUUUUAAGAUGCAAUGUGUUGGGAAGAAAGAUUUUAUGUGAGAGCACCACUAAAACAAACUGCUCUCUCUUGCUGCAGGUUUUUGAAGAUAUAAUUGUGUCAUAUGUAGCAAAGUGAAAGAUGCCUUCAUCUCUCUUUCUUUUUACCUCGUAGCUGCUGUAUCUUUAAGGCCUUUCCAAGCUCUGUCUUAAUUGUUCUGGUAUUUUUAAAAAUCCAAAUACACUAACAUUUCUUUAUGUCAGUCUUUUCUCUUUCUGGCCUCAGUUGCUAUGUGAACUAUUACUUGUAGUGUAUUGUGUACUAUGAUGUGCCUGCAUUGUACUGAUAACUACACAUCAGCAUUUUCUAAUCUAGAAAAUCCACAUUUGAAAAAGAUCUAUAAGACAAAUUAACAGUACCAUAGUUAGUUUGUAGGUGAGAGCAAACUGCAGACAGCAGACAGGGCAAACCUUGAAGUAAAAUUUUCACUUUGCUUCCUUCCACAUUCAUGUUUUUAUAGACUGAACAGAUACUAACAAAAUACAUGCACAGAUUCCACUUUAGAUUGGACAUGGGAAAUAAAAUACAUCAAAUUUCUUUCUAAUGCAUUUCUUUUAAGAUGCCAGUUUUCUGCUUAGACUUAAAAACACUAUGUUGCAAAAAGUAUUUGCUCACCUCCGUUUGCAGACAUUUGAAAUUGUCUUCCUAUUCCUAAUCCAUGGGGUUUAAAAUGAUUUCAGAGCACCCUUUGCAUCUGUAGCAGCUUCAGAUCAUCUGGGAAGACUUUACACAAGGUUUAGAUAUGAUUUUAAGGUAUUUUAGACCAUUCUUCCCAUAUUGCAUUGCUGAAGUCAAACACUACUUUUGGAGAAUACCUGGCUUAAUUUAUAUCAGAGCUGUUCUGCUGGGUUGAGUGGAUUCAUAACUCCAAAGCACAGGUCUUCACUGCUCUAGAGUCUGGUGUUGGCUUGCUUCACACCACCACUACUGAGGUUUUUCAUCAUCUUUGGUUCUGUAACACAUGGGUGCAGCUGAUUGUUCAUGGAGACCCACUUCACAAAGCUCUCUAAAUGAGGUUUUUGAGCUAAUCUUUAGGCCACAUGAUAUUUGGAGGUCUGUAGUGACUGUCUCUGCAGAAACUAUGACCUUCAGCGUCUGCUAUCCCCUCUCUUUGAUUACAAGACUUGCCACAUCAUGGCCAUUUUUGUAUAACACCAAUAACAGCUGACUGAUGAGUAUUUAGUAGAGAGAAAAUAUCACACUCGGAUUGACUGUACACCUUGAAGCGACCUAUUCUUUCACAAAUGUUGAAAGAAGCAGUCUGCAGGCCUGGGUCCGGGAUUGUGUUCACCUGUGGCUGUAAAAGUGGCUGAAUCACCCAACUGCAAGGAUUUGAUGGGGUGAGCAAACUCUAUUUGCAAUAUUUUGUAUUUGUAUUUAAUCUUAGAUAAGUAAGACUUAUUCAGCUUGGAUUUUGCCCAUUUGGAGAGUAUCAACUUCAACUUGUUUUAAUUAAAAGCAGAGAUAAUGAAACAAGAUUAAACAAUUAGAAAAUCCAUUUUAUUGUUAUGUUUCCUGUGUUCACAGUCUCUUUAAAUAGGGGAUGAGAACAUUGCAACCACAUGCCUGGCAACGUUUGUGUUUUUGAUGUUGAUUUGCACUACUGCGUUUGGUUCCUUACAGAAUGUUACUGUUUUAUGUUCAAUGUCUGUUUUUUAAUCGCGUUGUAAACAUAACCCAUGUAUUUAGGCAUGUUGCAUAAAGUAAACAGUUUUUAAAAAAUUCAGUUCACAUUCUGUUAACUUUUUUAACCAGGAAUUCUGCAUAAAGGGUUAACUUUUUCUAUGUAUCAUGUUUUCACAUUGUUUCCAAAUAGGCUGGUUUUGUGGCUGAACAGAGUGCCUGUUGAACUCGAAUGAAAUCUAAAUAGAUACCAGAAUGUAAGGUGAAGCAUUUUGAAUUUUCUUUUUUAUUUAUGAUGUACCAAUGCCAUGAGAAAUGCUGUCAUAAACCUGCCCUAUAGUUCUUCUGAAAUAAAAAUCCUAAUUUUCACUGUAAAAGCACAAAACAAACACAUGUCUAUCAUUUUACUGUAAAUUGUUUGCUCAGAUUAAAAUGAUCAUGUGAACUCUCACUUGUCAUGGUCUAAAACUGGCUGUAAAUAUGGCAAAAAUAAAAAUAAAUCCUUCAAGGUU